GGCUGAGAUGGGUCUUAAGAUAAUUGUACUGUCUCUGUUAAUUGCGUGUUUGGGCGUUACGGGUAACUACCGGAACGAUGGGUUUAUGCCAAGCACCGGAUACCAACGGACCGAGGAUCAGUUAGCGGAACCCUCUUCUCGCGCUGAAAAGAAUCGAGAUGAGAGGGAUAGCCAGGACAGAACCCAACGAUUUGGAAUAUCGGGUUAUGGGGGCACGGGCUCAUAUGGAGGUACAGCACCAGGCUUGUACGGACCGGUCAAAAUCGAUCUCGGGGGAGUUCUUAUUGGUUCCAUUCUAGGAUUUGGAGCUGUCAUAAUCCUACCGAAGAUUAUUCAUGCUUUUUCUUACGGCUACGGAGGAUAUGGUCGAAGCACAGAGUCUGACUUCUCUCAAGUUUCGGACAUGAUAAGCAAAUUCGAUGAAACAUUGACUCGCUACAACAUCGAUUCCUCAUCCUGUAUGCAGCGACUGGCGUGCUCUUAUGUGCAGCUCGCUAAUGAGAACACGAUUACUGGAAACGCGACGGACUUUGACGGGAUGCUUACUAACUUAUCGAGUAACUCAUUGGUGCGGCGUAUGCUCGAGGGUACGUCAAUUUACGAAGCGAUGUCAGCCGGUCAGUCGCUGGACACCGACUGUCAGCAGCUCUACCCAAAGUGCAAGCUUGAUAAGAAGACAGUUGUCAAAAUGAUAACACAACUCGUACCCUCAUAA